AUGUCCGGUGGUAAAGGUAAAGCAGGAUCGACCGAAAAGGCUUCGACUUCUAGAUCUGCUAAGGCAGGUUUGACUUUCCCAGUUGGUAGAGUCCACAGAUUGUUGAGAAAGGGUAACUACGCUCAAAGAGUUGGUUCCGGUGCUCCAGUCUACUUGACCUCCGUCUUGGAAUACUUGGCUGCUGAAAUUUUGGAAUUGGCCGGUAACGCUGCCAGAGACAACAAGAAGUCCAGAAUCAUCCCAAGACACUUGCAAUUGGCCAUCAGAAAUGAUGAAGAAUUGAACAAGUUGUUGGGUCACGUCACCAUCGCUCAAGGUGGUGUCUUGCCAAACAUUCACCAAUCCUUGUUGCCAUCCAAGAAGGCUGCCAACAAGGCUUCCCAAGAAUUGUAA